GAGUGUGAGUGACAGACGGAGAGAAACAACACAGAGAGAGAGGAGCGGGAAAGCGAAGGAGGGGAGUCAUAAAAUAACCAAUGGUACGGUUGAUUUAGCGCCCGACAUCCAGGUUUGCGCAGACACAACAGCGAAGAUUCAGCGGAAGAAAAAGUUCAGAUCCCACGAACCAGCGCGUGGGAGGGGGAAGCAGGAUCGUGACUAACUGAGGCAAGCUCCACUGUCUGUCUUGUCAUGGCAGGACCUGGAGGUGACAUGCAGUGGUGCUUCUCUCAGGUGAAAGGAGCCAUCGAUGACGACGUAGCUGAGGCAGACAUCAUAUCCACAGUUGAGUUUAACCACACUGGGGAGCUGCUGGCCACAGGAGACAAGGGUGGGCGUGUAGUCAUUUUCCAGCAGGAAAUAGAGAAUAAGAAUCAGCCUCAGUUCAGGAGCGAAUACAAUGUUUACAGCACUUUCCAGAGCCAUGAGCCAGAGUUUGACUACUUAAAGAGUUUGGAAAUAGAAGAGAAGAUCAAUAAGAUUCGCUGGCUUCCUCAGAAGAAUGCUGCUCAGUUCCUGUUGUCAACUAAUGAUAAGACAAUUAAGUUGUGGAAAAUCAGUGAACGAGACAAGAGACCAGAGGGCUAUAAUCUCAAAGAGGAGGAUGGACGCUACAAAGACCCCAACACUAUCACGUCACUGAGGGUACCAGUCUUAAUACCCAUGGACCUCAUGGUGGAAGCCAGUCCACGGAGGGUGUUUGCCAAUGCCCACACCUACCAUAUCAACUCUAUCUCGGUCAACAGUGACAAUGAGACUUACCUGUCUGCAGAUGACCUCCGCGUCAACCUCUGGCACCUUGAGAUCACUGACCGCAGCUUCAAUAUUGUUGACAUUAAACCAGCCAACAUGGAGGAGUUAACAGAGGUGAUCACAGCAGCAGAGUUCCAUCCUCAUCAGUGCAACACCUUUGUCUACAGUAGCAGCAAAGGAACCAUCCGGCUGUGUGACAUGAGGGUUUCAGCACUAUGUGACAAGCACUCCAAAUUGUUUGAAGAACCAGAAGAUCCCAGUAAUCGUUCCUUCUUCUCUGAGAUUAUAUCCUCAAUCUCGGAUGUUAAAUUUAGCCACAAUGGACGCUACAUGAUGACCAGAGACUACUUGUCUGUGAAGAUUUGGGACUUGAACAUGGAGAACAGGCCAGUGGAAACCUAUCAGGUUCACGAGUACCUGAGGAGCAAGCUGUGCUCGCUCUACGAGAACGACUGCAUCUUUGACAAGUUUGAAUGCUGCUGGAAUGGCAAUGACGGUGUGGUGAUGACUGGCUCAUACAACAACUUCUUCCGGAUGUUUGACCGUGGACAUAGACGGGAUGUAACAUUGGAGGCGUCCCGGGAAAACAGCAAGCCCAUGCAGGUCUUAAAGCCCCGCAAGGUGUGUGCAGGUGGCAAGCGCAAGAAGGAUGAAAUCAGCGUGGACAGUUUGGACUUCAACAAGAAGAUCCUUCACACUGCCUGGCAUCCCCAGGACAACAUCAUUGCAGUGGCAACAACCAACAACCUCUACAUAUUCCAGGAUAAAGUGAACUAACUACAAGAUGAGCUUACAUGAGAUCCGGCAUUGGUGAUGUCACGUGUGUACCACCUGUAGCCUCAUCCAGAGUGAUCUGUGGUAACGCCGAUAACCAGCAUCCCUGUCCGUCGCUACUGGGUGACCAGACUUUGCCACUUUGAUCUUGAUGUGGACAGAGGAAGCCUCGCUCUUGCUCGUCAUCAGCCUGUUUGUGGCAGAGUGACACCUGCCUUGUUGUUUAAGUGAUGUGCCAAUUUUUUUUCC